AUGGCUUUUCUGGGUAAGGAGGUCACCAGCUGUCCCGAGACGGGCUGUGAUUCAGCGGCCCCUCUGCACCGCGCAAGGUUGACGGUACAGUGGGAGAGUGUUGAAUACGAAGGUGUAAUAUGCUACCAGCCUGGCGUCUGUCGGCCACUAGUACUCGUCUUACCAAAUGUGGAGGGUAUGAAUUCUUUUGACGAGGGGCAAGCAGAGUUCUUGGCAAAGUUGGGGUAUGUAGGCCUAGCUGUAGAUCUUUACGGGCCGUAUUUUCCGGAGGAGCAUCGGCACUUCUUGACUGCGCAGAGUGGCCCUGAUGUCAUGAGGCAAGCGUUUGAUACAAUGAACUAUUGGACUGCAAACAUUGCCAAGUUGCGAGCAGUGCUUGCAGAAUGGCUUCAAAUAGGUCGUCAUCAGCCCUCAGUGGACCCAGAUGCUUGUGCUGCCAUUGGGUACUGUUUUGGUGGAUUGUGCUGCAUUGAGAUGGUGCGCGCUGGAUUGCCAAUUAGGGGAGCAGUGAGUUUCCAUGGAGUUCUGGAACCACGUGUCUUCUCACCACCUGGGCGCCCAAUCGCUAUGAACCACAUACCACUUUCUUCACACACUCGCGGUGCGAAGAUCUUACUCGAGCACGGCGAAGAUGACCAUCUAGUGUCAUUUCAGAGCCUUGCUGCUUUGCAGACAGAGAUGGACGGGGCAGGUGUUGACUUGAGAAUUCACCACCACAAAGGUGUUGGUCACGGAUUCGCUAUACAGCCUGGGCGAUAUUUCCAUCCGGAGGCCGACAAGCAUUCCACACUGCACAUGCUAGAGUUUCUCCGCGAAUUAAUUUCCCGAGGCUGGGCACCUCGACGUCGAGACGAAUGCUGCUGGCACCAGUCUGAGGUUUCGGAGGAAGAGAAAUGGGGCGGAACCGACAGUAACAGCACCAGCGAUCAGCUCGAGAGUGAUCGCUGUUCGUCUCUGAAUUGCCGUUGCUCGAGUAUUUCGCCCAAGCCUUCGAUUAUCACCCUCUUCGCCUCCGAUCCUGCAUUGUUUCUGGAGGGGAGGGCAAUAUCAGUCAUUGUCCACAGCGCUUCCAAGCACCUCGUGUGGACAUACACAGGGUGGGGUCUCUGUCGGUCAUUGUUGUGA